GGUUGACACAGACGCGCAAAGGGAAGUUGGUGGCAGAGUGACGAGAGUGUUUCUGGGUGUUACAGAGCUGUUAGAAAAUUGAGAUGAUGGGUGAGGACGGUAUUUGGAGCUGAGGAAGUCGACUUUUCAGAGAGCGUUCAUGGUUCAGAGACUGCAGAGGCUGUCUUCCAGGGAUAGUCAGUCACUAUUGCAGACUGAGUGCAGUACAGAGGGAUCAGCGGUGGGAUAAGUAGGGAAGUGAGCACUGUAGCGACACGGUGGAAAGUGAUGGAGGGGGGAUUGGUGAAACAGGGCUCUCUGUAUCUUCAACAUCAGCAGCGCUUUGGAAAGAAGUGGAAGAAAGUAUGGGGAGUUUUGCAUGAAGCCACGGCCACAGGACUGGCCCGCCUAGAGCUGUACGAGGGUUCUCAGCCCCCCGAGACUAGUCGCAAACAAGAAUGCUGGAAAAUACUUCAGCUCAGCGAAUGUGUAAGCUUAUCACAGCGCUCUGCUGAGAGCGGCCCAAAGGACACCCGGGUCUUCAGCAUCGAGACUACCCAGAGGGUAUAUCUUAUUGCCAGCGAGGCCUCCGAAGAGCCAAACUGGGUGAGGGCGCUCUGCAGCUUGGCAUUCCCACAGGAACGGCGGACUCUGGAGAGGUUGGGCAGUCAGCCCCUGACUUCAGAAGGACUACAGCUGCAAGAAAACUCCCUGUACAGCACAAGCCAGGAGGCCUCCCCAGGUCAGUUUACGGUGUGGGUGAGACAGACGGAAGCUUCCAGUCGGUGUGGUCUGUCCGGAGUGUACAUACUUGUAGCGGAAAGCAAAUGCCUGUUGCUGCGGGAUCGUAAGACGGGCAAUCUCCUCUACAGCUGGCCUUAUCCAUAUCUGAGGAGAUUUGGGAGAGACAAGACUAUGUUUUCGUUUGAAGCUGGCCGCCGUUGUGCUUCUGGAGAGGGAAACUUUGAAUUCGAGACGUCCUACGGAACUCAGAUCUUCCAGGCCAUUGAAUGUGCUAUUAAAGCUGGUCGCAACGAGGCCUCGUCACCAACUGGCCAUGAACAAUACCAGGAGGAACUUUCCAUCGUGCCAAGGCAGCCUAUCCGUUCUGCUUCUCUAUCUGUGAGCGCUUCACUCCAAUCUCAGAACAAGGUGACCACUAACCUCACCAUUCCAGAGAGUGAGUAUGCGGUUCCUUUUGAUAAAGUGGCUCAGAACCUCCUAGCUACAGGGUUUGGCGGUCUUCUUGGACCAACUGCUCCUAAUCAGAAGAAGCCAAGAAAGCCUCAGAAUCCUGAACACAUCUACGAUGAACCAGAAGCCCCUAUUAAUCCGGUGUACGAUGAGCCUGAGGGCAUUCGGGUGGAUGCCUGGAAAAUUCAAGCUACUGAUGCCCAUGAAAUGGGGUAUGAAUAUCCCUAUUUGCCAGGAUGGGAUGACUAUGCUGUGCCCAGGAGUGGAGGAAAAAUGCAAGGUGGAAGAGCCCAGGAUGAUGAAGAUGACUGGGGAAAAAAUGCAAGAGGUGAAGGGGAAUAUGACAACAUUACAUUACGUGGAGUUUUGGACAGCUAAAGAAAGACUUUUUUUCUCCGCUACAGAAUGUUCCAGUCUUGUGUAUUGAAUAUCUUAAAUAUUGACUGAACAAAGACUGCUGGCCGCAGACCCUGUGUGAUAGGAACACAAUACAGAGGAACUUAAAGCGUAUCUA